UCCCUCGCCCCGGAUCCGGUCCGGGCGGCGCGGGGACUCCGGCCUGAGAGCCAGCGAGCGCGCGGGCGGGCGGCGUGGCGCGCUGCGGGCGAGCGGGCGCGUCCUGCAGGGAGCUGACCUGUCCCGGCCGCAGCACAACUAACGAAGCUGCUGCAGGAUGAGAAGAUGGCAGCGCGGCUGCUCGCACCACCAGGCCCUGACAGUUUCAAGCCUUUCACCCCCGAGUCACUGGCAAACAUCGAGAGGCGCAUUGCCGAGAGCAAGCUCAAGAAACCGCCGAAGGCCGAGGGCAGCCAUCGCGAAGACGAUGAGGACAGCAAGCCCAAGCCAAACAGUGACCUGGAGGCAGGGAAGAGCCUGCCUUUCAUCUAUGGGGACAUCCCACAAGGCCUGGUUGCGGUUCCCCUGGAGGACUUUGACCCAUACUAUUUGACGCAGAAAGUGAGUUGGAGGAGGCGGCGACCCAGCUUCAGACCCCCUGUCCUAACAGGCUUAGGGGAGACUGGGAGAAAGAGCUGUCCUUUUGCCCAAGUUUGGAUAAGUAGCUAACCUUUUAUUUCAGUUC